GAAUCUUCCUUCCUGCCGAAUACAAUCGUCCGGAGCUGGUGGUCGCCGCCGCCUUCUUCUUUCUCCCCUUGCAAAUUUGCAAACUGUUCUGUUGCUCUUUGUUAAAAAAAAAAUUUUUUUUUAAAUGCAUGCCUGAUUGUGUUUGCUAGGAAGCUCCAAGUUCCCUGCCAAGAGCCGCUGUCAUCGCAGCUUCCAUUGGGAGCAGCUGGAGGGAGGCCUCGCCCGGGACCGGACAGCCGCAGAUGAGCGAAGACAUCUGAGGAAGAUUUGCAUCAGCCUGAGCUCCUUAUUAUCCUUAUUAUUAUUUAUUGAAUUUAUAUACCCCCUAUACCUGGAAGUCUCAGUCACUGAAACUCUUAUCAUAGUUACAGUUCUGCUCCAGCUUGCUGCUGCCUUGCUGUAAUUGCAGUUACGAAGGAAAGAAGCUUUCCACUACGUCUGCCUGAAAGGGGAUGGAGGGACAGAGCUGAGCUAGGAUCAUUGAUUAUUUUUUUAAAAAGAGAGAGGGUGGUGGGUGGAAAAUGACGACAGAGAAGGCAGCACAAUUCUCGCCCCUGGAUCUUCACGAGUUUGACCAGCACGUGAAGCCAGAAAUAAAAAUGGAGAGGCGAGAAACUGGAUCCAGGCGAGGGCUGCAAAGAACUGGGGAGACCUCCCUGGCCUCCGAGGUGCAGACGGUUAUUGUUGCGGCGUCACCACAAGGCAUUAAACAGGAAGUGGGUGAAGGACCGUCAUCCCAGCAGUGGGACGGGCAGUGGCAAGACUUCCCAGAUGCCUCACAGUCCCCUCUGUCAGGGCAGGGAGACCUGGAAUUGGAAGAGACAGCAUUGAAGGACGAUGAUAAGGAUUCCCUUUCCCACUCCAAAGGAGCAGCGGCCACCAGCCGGUGGGCUAAAGGCAGGACAAGGCCCCGGCUCGGGACGGGACGCACCCGGACAGCCCAAGAGGGUGUGAAAAGUGACAGCGGAUGCAGCGAUGAGCAGGCAAGCGAGGCCGAGGCCACAGAGUCCGCCAGUCCCGAAUGCCAGCGCCAGCGCUUCCGGAAGUUUGGCUAUGAAGAAGCCGAGGGGCCAUGGGAGGCCUACUGUCAACUCCGGAAGUUUUGCCACCAGUGGCUCAUGCCAGAGAGGCACACCAAAGAGGAGAUCCUGGAGCUGGUGAUUCUGGAGCAAUUCUUGGCCAUCCUGCCCCCGGAAAUGUUGAGCUGGAUCCGAGAACGUGAUUCAGAGAGCUGCUUCCACGCUGUAGCCCUUGCUGAGCAUUUUCUCCUGAGGCAGCGAGAGGCUCAGAGGCAGGACCAACAGGUGGGAAUGAAAGAGGAGGCUGCUGUGAAUUUCUCUGCGGGAGAAGGUUCUUCGCUGGAUCUGACCCUCAGGCAGCUCUACAGGGAGGUCAAGGAGGAGGGGGAAGAUGAGGAGGAGGAGGAAGAAGAAGCCAGUCUGCUAGGUGACGAAGGUCAGGAUGAAAAUGACGGGAUGCCACUAGAAGGAGAGAGCUGCCAGGACUUUGAAGAGACAAUUUCAAAACCAGCGGAGUCAAAGGAAUACGGAACAGAAGAGCAUAGGAAUGAAUCCGUUGCGCCGGAGGGUGAAACAGCAGCCGAACAGGCAGCACCCAAAUUAAAGAGGCCAAGUGAUAGAUUGUUCCACGGCCUCAACAGACAUCAGAGGAACAACUCAGGGCAGGAACUGUAUGACUGCUCCGAUUGUGGCAAAGUGUUUGUCUCCAGAGCUGGCUUCAUCAUGCAUAUAAGAGUCCAUGGCCGGGAGAAGCCGUACGAAUGUGCAGAUUGCGGCAAAAACUUCCGGCGGAGCUCCCAUCUCAAUAACCACAGCAAAAUCCACGCGGGAGUGAAGCCGUUCAAAUGCUUGGACUGCGGGAAGGGGUUCAGUCGGAAUUCAAACCUUAUUUCACAUCAGAGAAUGCACACGGGCGAGAAGCCAUUCUCGUGCUCCUCCUGCAGCAAACAGUUUUGCGAUAAGUCGAGUCUGGUGAGACACGAGAGGCUUCACACUGGAGACAGGCCGUACAAAUGCACCGCAUGUGGGAAAAGCUUCAGCCAGAGCCACCAUCUCAUAACGCACCAGAGAAGCCACACGGGCGAGAAACCGUACAAAUGCCUGCUCUGCAGCAAGAGCUUUUGCGAUCGAUCGACUUACAUUAGGCACCAGAAGAACCACACGGGGGAAAAGACGUUCAAAUGCUCCGAGUGCGGCGAAAGUUUCAGCCGGAACAAGCACCUCAUUAGACAUCAGAGCAUUCACACAGCCAGGGAGCUGCACACAUGCUCAGAUUGUGGAGAAAGUUUUUGCCGCCGGUCAGGCCUGAAGAUGCACCAGAAAAUCCACACGGGGGAGAAACCGUUUGAAUGCACAGAUUGCGGGAAGAAGUUCAAUCGCAGCACAAACCUUAUCAGCCAUCAGAGAAUCCACACUGGAGAGAGACCCUACGGAUGCCCUGACUGUGGGAAAAGGUUCAAUCGCAGGACACACCUUGUUAGCCACCAGAAAAUCCACGGACCGAGGAAAGAAUCUCCAGAAACGAUCAAAACCGAAGAAGAGCUUCCAUCUGACGAUGUCUUUUUGCACCCAUCUUAUAUCAUCACAAGAACCCUGUGAGGGCUGGAUCUGAAGAAAACGGAAGAGUAGAGACCUCUAAAGGAUGCCGUUGUCAAACUGAAUUGGAACCUGAUCAUCUUUCUGCUUGUGGAGCCAAGUUGCCGUCCAAGUGGAAAUCGAAUGACUUGCUGCUUGGCCGAAUGAAUUCUCUGCUCUCUGGUUCCUUUCCCCCUUGUGCUUAUAUGUAUCUCCCCUUCUUUGCUCCUCUCUGGAUGUACUUCAUCUUCCUCAUGCCUUUUUGAAAAGUAUGCAUCUCUUUAUGCCAUUUGUAUGCUGUUUGGAAAAUAAAUAAAUAAAUAGAAGAAACAGUUGGAGGCGGAUGAGUUAGACAUUUGUAGACCUAUGUAGCUGUAAUCCUGUGUGCACUUAGCUGAACACAGAAGGGAAUUACUUUGGAGUAAACCUACAUAGGAUUAGGUUGUGUAAAUGGACUUGAUACCUGCUGGCAAUGGGGGUGGUUACUUUUGUAUGGGGAGGUGGGAUUAGGUUCUUGCUCAUUUUAGUGUUUUUGAUGUUCGUUCUAUAUCAGAACCCAAAGGGAUAGAUGGCAGUAGAGGUGGAAUUAUUUGUGAGCCGGAUCAAAAUAAUUGGUGGUGGUGUUAAAGUGGGUUUUGAUAUACAGUGGUGCCUCGCUUAACGAAUGCCCUGCUUAAUGAAAUUUCCGCUUAACGAAAGGAUUUUUCGAGCGGAGCUUGCCUCUCUAGACGAAUGCGUUUUACGAAAAAAUCGUCUAGCGAAUCGCGGUUUCCCAUAGGAAUGCAUUGAAAUUCAAUUAAUGCGUUCCUAUGGGCAAAAAAAAAAAAAUUCAAAAAAAUUCAAUGCAUUCCUAUGGGAUUCACUAGACGAAUUUUUCGCUAUAAGAAAAGACCUGUGGAACGAAUUAAUUUCGUCUAGCGAGGCACCACUGUAUUCAUGGAGGAUGGGCUAUUUUUCAAGGCAUACAAGACCUCUGGAAUGUUAAUGUUCAGCACUGCAGCCAGCCAGCCAGCCAGCCAUUCCAUUCCCCUCUUCCGAGCAAACACAUAGCACUUGGUUGUCACUGAGCAUGCUCAGUCCUUAUUGGGCUGUCCUGGGUUUUUUUUAAUAUUGCGGGGUUUGGGGAUCUUUUUUUGUAUUUCUGCAGAACCUUGGUGUUCCCUCUGAGCAUGCUAAUACCUCCCUUCUUGUUUCUCAAUGACCUGUUUUUGGAUAAAUAGCUGCGAGCACUCAGCACCUGAGCUCACCACAAGAGGUAAUGAUAACUAUAUGGAGCCCCCUGUUUAGGAGCAGUUUACCUCUGAGAGUAGUUGCUGAUAGGCAACAGCAGGGAAGGGGGUGUUGCCUUUGUGCCCUCCUUGGCUUUGCAGUGGGGCUAUUCUGGCCCCCCUCCCAAUGCAGAGUAGCUCGGGGGGGGGAUCAAGUAAGAAAAAACUGGUUUAAUUUUGGACACAAUGUUUCUUCAGAGUUGCUCCUUUGUUAAGGAUUACGGAACCUGCUCAGAAGGAAUCUACUGCCUUUGCUUUGUUAUUCUUUGGUUACUUAAAAUUUCCUGCUCUUUUUUAAAAAAUGUUUUUUAAAUAAAAA